AUGACACACUUGUGGGUCCCUCCUGACCCACAAACCGAAGAGCAGUGGUACAGAAGAUGCUUUAGGGUGAGGACUAGAAUUGCUACCUCUCAUUUUUUCUCUGACAAUGGAUCUGUUCCUUUUAACUCAUAGGGAGUGAACAUGGUGCCCUCCCAUUAGCCCUGACCAUUGACCAUGCUGGCUGGGGCUAAUGAGACUUUAAAUGCAACAUCAUCUGGAGGGUAUCAUGUCAGCUAUCCCAACUUGCCUUCAGUUCGUGAGAUGAGCAGGAAUUCAACAGACACAGUUUCCCUCACUGAUCUAGAAAAAGGGUGUGCUUGUUGAAUUUCUCUCUCUCAUGCUAUUGUUAAGAGCACAAAGACUCUAGGUUUCUGGAAAGAAACAACUAAAAUAAUUAAAGGUAUUUUUCUUCCAAUAGAUACAUUUUGACGAGGCGUCUGAAUGAUGUUGGUAAAACAAGAAUAUUAAAUAGAUCUUUAACUCCCAAACCAAAGCACAAUUACUUCUCAGACUAAUAAAAAAUAAUAAUAUUGGUUAUAUUUUGCCUGAUUUUACCCUUCUGAGAGCUACAAUUCCAAGGACCUUAGCAACUACAGUUCCCAGGAUUCUUUGGUGAAAAUCAUGUACUUUAAAAAUGCUUUAAAUAUAUGGUGAGGAUAUGAUCUAUUAACUCUACAUGCAGACUUUUUCAAAGUAGUAUAAUAAUAGUAAUCAUGAGUGAUAGAUGAAAUUGAUGAUGGAUGUAAGAGUCUAUUAAUUAAAAUAAGGGAAUAUUAUCAUUCCCAAAUGAUUGCUAAUUAUGUAUAAUGCGUUUCAGAAAAUGUUUCUGUUGUAGUUAAUCUUGAUGUUGAAAUAGAUCUUAACAUUUUAUUUUUUUAAAGGCAGCCUCUUUCAGGAAAAAGUUUCUUAAAAGGGGAUGGUACUCAAAUUGGUCAAAUCCUCUAAUCUAGAAGCACACACAGGGAUGCCCACACAUAUGGAAAGAGGGAGGGAGGGAGGGAGGGAGGGAGGGAGAGGGAAAGAGAAAGAAUGUGAUGACUUUUGUGAUGAUUCAAAGGUAUAGGAAAUGCACUUUGCAGAUGCUCAGAAGCAACUUCUUUGCUGUUAUUUCUUCAUAGAUUUCCAUCUAGGUCAUGGCAUUGAACACAGAUUUCAGGGUUCAGUGGCUGGGGCGGGCAGCUAAAGCUCUCCACGUGGCUUAAUUUGAGCCAAGAUUCAUCAGACCUUAGCUCUGGAACCCGUAUUUAAUGCUAGUACACAGCCUUGGGGCAUAUGAAGUAAGAACAGUGCCUCAGUAAACAUGCAAAAUGCCUUUUCUUCAAUUCCUGCACAUCACCUGUUUUUUUGUUUUUUGUUUUUGCACUUGACUGAUAAAUAUUAGCUGUGUGAACUGACAUUCCAAAGAAAAACAUUGUGUUCAAGGUGUUGUGUGGGUAAUAGGAAGGAUGCAACCGAGAUGUGUUAUCUGUGACAGCCCAUUCACACAGACAAGCCAUCACGAUGCCACGAGAAAUGUGGAUAUGUGCAAACCAGCCCUAAGUAAGAACAACAGGCAAUUUACAUAGGAGUCAGGGAAAGAGUUUUGAGGUUAAAGACUGGCAUGGCUCCCAGGCAAGCUCAAGUGCUUCUUUUUUCUUUCUUUUUUAAAGAAAUACGUUUUCUGCCCUCACGUCCUCAGCACAAUCAGGUAGCAGCAUUGUUAAGUUGUCCUUUUGAAAGGUGUACGUCUCUUUGGUUGUACUUGAGCCCAGCCGUACAGGUGGAUUGUUGAUAACAUCAGAGCAGCAGCUGUAGAGCAAAACCAGGCUGAGCGAUGGGGGUGGGAAUGAGAGAGGCAAAGAGAGUGGCAGGCAGUUCCUAAUACCUCAGGGAGGGAAGGACAGGAUCAUUCCACAACAGGAUUUGAAACUGAUCAACUCUCCAGCCCAGCCAUCCAGCGCAGCCUGCUAAGUCUCUGUGGCUGUCAGCUUAACUCUGCUGCUGGUUCCUGUGGGGUAGGGGAGUUAAAUAGGACACAGACUCGGAGAGGAGCAAACCUCUUUGCUGGGAGUCAAGGAGGCAGAGAAAGAGAGGAAAGAAGGUGGAAUUUGGCCAGAGCCCAGGCUGAUAAGCAGAGCAUCUCCAGGUAAGUGCUCCUGCUGUGUCUUGGCAAAAAGGGGGAGAGGGAAGGAAUAUAUCCAGAGGAUGCUCCAGCGGCUGGUUAAAAGCACUGGGGUGGGAGCCCUGAGCUCUGGCAGGCGCAAAGGGGUUUGAGGCUUUCCCUUUUGCAAGGAAGUGCAAGGAGAGAUUCCAACUCUCUCUCUCUUUUUUGGAAUGUGGUUUGUGUGUGUGUUUUGUGGGGUGGGGGGGCAGGCAGAUAUUUUGUAAACGCUCUUAAUAUCUUUCACCUCGGCAUCCUCGUGUCAGAUUAUCUCUCUCAACAGCUUUCACGAAUCACACCAAAUCCUCUCGCCCUCUGUGCUGUGUGAUUUUAAGAGCCUUUGGGAGGAUUUGAUUGCCCAUCAAAAUAAAUGAAUGAGGGGAGGGAGGAGGAAAGGAAAAUGAUGGACACGGACUGAGCUUCGGGCAUAUUAUACAAAUCUAAAAAUAAAGCCAAAAGGGAGACAUAACAUUUUCCAAGAGCAGGCGGGGAGGAACUGGGAAAAGAGGGAGGAGGGAGGAGAAGCCGGAUUUUAGUGGGCAUUCUCGCCCUUUCUGAGCCAAUAGUGGGUGGGCUGCAAAGCUUCCCCCUGAAUAAAUCUGAAAAAGCAGCAGGAGGAGCGGUAAAUGACGCUUCCCAGAAACAGUGACCCCUCCUGCCCCUGCCUUUGGUAGCUAAAGGGCAGGGGGAGAACCUGUUGUCAUGGUGGCUCAUUAUAAUCACCAGGGGAUAAAACUGAUUAUCUUGGGGGUUUCUAAUUAGGAUGCUCACCUCCUCUGACAUACAGACACUUCCUUUAGAUUAAAAUGUAAUUCCUGCACCCCCCCAUACCUCUGCUUUCAUUUGUUUGCUCUUCAGCUGCUGCAAAAUUAAAUCUGUAUAAACCACCAGCACUCUCCCCUCAAAAUUGGAGAUGGGAACUCCUGUUGCAGGCAUCUCCCCAGCUUUGUCACCCAGAAGGGAUGAGGGGGAAGGGAAGCUUAGCGGCACAAAAGAGCUCCAAGCAUGUCCCUAGGGGCAUGACUGUAUGCAUUUUAUGUACUUAUUUUCUCCCAAUGGGUUCUGAAGCCCUGAUUUCAGUGCAGCACCACAGCUGACUACACAGAAAUUGGUAGGCUAGGCGAUACAUUUGCGGUUCACCAGGUCUAGUCUUCCAACUUCUUCCUAAUGCUGGGGACAUGUGAAGUAGCCUUGGAUUGAAUAAAGUAAUCCUAGCACUGGUUCACACAAGCCUGUGCAUGUGCAUCUCUUGAUCAUAGCUGUCAACUUUCCCCUUUUCUUGAGAGGAAUCCUAUUCGGAAUAAGGGAAUUCCCCUUAAAAAAAAGGAAAACGUUGACAGCUAUGCUCAUACACCUGAAAAUCAGAUGACUAUCUGAACUAAUUAACAGGAUUGUAUAUGAAGUGGCAUGAAAGGUCUGUGAUGUUAAACCUUCAACAGCCCAAGUCACACAUGCAUGUCAUCACUUGAUGCUGUGGUCAUCAGAUGGUGAGCAUAGGAAAUGUAUACCACCAGACCGCUCUCCAUCUAUCUCAUUGUCAUCUACACUUACUGGCCACAAGGUUCCAGAGAGGAGUCUUUCACAGUCCCACCUGGAAAUGCUAGGGUUUGAACCUGGAACCUUUUACAUGCAAAGCAUAUGCUCUACCACUGAACUGCACUGUGAACCAGCUUCUAGGGUGUCUCUAAGCACAUGAAGAAUGGCUUCCUCUCGCCAGUGAGAAGUUACACACAUCUGGGAUUAGAGGCGGGAUGUUCAGGUCAGAUUUAGCUUCUGAACAGGCUUAAAACUGACACUCUUGUUGCAAACUAACUGAGGCAACCAUGACUCUAUACAAUGUAUUUCUACUACAUUUAGCCAUGAUGGUACCAUUUAUUAAUUGGGAAUGUUUAUAUGUCUUAGGGGUGUGUGGGCAUCGGACAGCAUUUGCAGUGGGGAAAGUGGGGUGAUGAUUAGGAGGAUGUCCUCAACCUAGCUAGCAAGGAACCUCCAACAAGCAGUUCCAUGUGUGAUUUAUUAGUUCUGCUCUGAACUUAACACACACAGGAAACAUGUAAAGCAGGCACAGGGAGGAUUCAAGAGUUUCCUAGAGGGAGCAAUGUUUUUCCCCACAGAGCAGAAGAGGGAUUGCAUUGAAUCAAUACUGCCAGACAUGGAGUGGAAAGAGGCUACUUCAGGCCUUUUUGUGCAAGUUCCUCCAGAAUUGUUUCUUGUUUGUUGCACAUAAUCUGCACAUCUUCCCUCAAGUUUACUCUUUUGGUGUAGCAACAUUGCAUUUUUUCUGCUAUCAAAACUGCAAUAUUUCGUAAAUGCAAUUCAUUGCACUUUAUGUGUGGCGACAAGGAAUGUUGGACACACAAAUUGGAUAUCAUUUGUUAUGUGAUUAGUAAUUAAUGAUGCAAUUUAAACCCCUCCCAUUUACCUUUAUGCAUUUCUCUGCUAAAAAACUCCAGUACACCUGCACUGAUAUAGCCAAUUUCAAAGCAAUGAACAAUCCUUGUUCAUUAUCUAAUAUUGCUUUCUGAUUAAGGUCCAUUAAAAUGUGGUUUUCUUAUAUCUAUGGGUUGGCAGAGUUCUUUCAGCCUUUUUUCUACACUCCCCUGCCAGCCACCUCAUCUCAUCUUUUUGGCCUUCCCCUUCACCAGCAGUUGAGAAGCACUUCCAAGAUGGCACCAUGCCUACUCUGAGCAUUCAGAUUUCCCAGAAAAAUUGCUCCAACUUCCCUACACAUACCUAGCAGAAUUUUGGAGAUGCUUUUCCCUCUGCCAAUCCUCAGUGAGCACAUUUUAUUUUAUUUAUUUUUUAUUUUAAAAAUUUUACUAAAGAUGUCUCACCUUGCCUGAUAGUAAAGCCAGUUAAUUUCAGUGAGGUUUCUCCCAGACCAAUAUAUGAUUCUGUUAGACCCCUGAUAGCCAUGUGCUCUUUUGUUCUGCUUUUACCUUCUAGAUUCAUCAGACUGCUGUUCAUUCCUGCAAGAAAGUGUGCCAGCCUGGCUGGCAGGCACAAGACACCACGGGGAAAACAGUAACCAUCAUGCUGUCUCUGAGUGGAGGCUACUGGUGGAGCAACAGGCUUUCCCUGAGAUGGAGAAAAACUAGCUGUAAGUACUGCCCAGGUUGUUUGCUAAGCAGGAGGCUGUCCCCUAUUUCUCCAGUGAGGGGAAGGGAGAGUGUUUUUAUUUCAGUAGUGAGUGUAGUGCUCAGAUUUCCCCCCCUACUAAUGACAAGAAGUGUAAUGCCAAAGGAAGAAGCAACGGUGCUUUCACAUGUUGCAGAUAAUAAUAAUUAGUGGUUAGAGGUUGUGAUUUGAACAGGCUUGAGAGUGGUAAAAGAGUGGGUACCAACUUGCUCUUAAUGCCUGAAGGAUGCCCAAUAUGCAAAGGAACCUUUAUCACCUCCCAGAGUCAGUCCUGUAUAUGUUGGUAUCACAACAACCCACAAAAGUUAAUAUUUUUGCCCUCUUAAAAAUAUAACACCCAUUAUUUUGCAGUACAGAGAAGGCCAAACACUCACAGGGAAAAAUUAAUGAUGUGAGGACCUGUGAUGCACAUCUCAAAACCAUUUCAGUUCAUGAUAGUCAUGUCAUACGUUGACCAGGCUAUUCAAUUGUCAUAGUCACAUUGCAAAGGACUAUACUUAAAGUUUAAGUUGCUCUUUCCUAUGUUACAGACCACAUUAACUAUAUUCACAAGCUUUACAAAUGUCAAAGUCCAUAUAGUGUCAUUUGUGAAGCAGCCUAUAUUGGCCCAAUUCCAUUAAACUACUCAUUGCGAUGAUUCUUACAAUAUGAGGUUCAAGAAGUUGAAUUAAGCCAUGCACCGGGGGGGGGGAGUGGAAGCAGUGGUAUGUUGAUGUGUUUCUUGUAAUAUUUGCAUGCACACACCAACAUUUCUUUCCCACUAAUAGUUUCCAAAAGAGCUCACAUUGUUCGUCUUCUUAGUGAACAAUCCCUGCUGGGGCAUUAGCUCCAGAGCUUUAAAAAAUGUGGAUAUGAUAAAGCAGGAACAAUAGAAGUUUGAGGUAGGCUAACAGCACAAACCUAUGCAGACCUACUUAGAAGUAAAUCCCAUUGAGUUCAGUGGGAACUAUUCCUGGAUAAGCAAGUAUAGGACUUCAGUCUAAGUGUACUCCAGUGGAACCACCAAGCCAUAUCUGCAGUGAGUUAUGAAGAGAGUUAUUUUUGUUAAUGAGGAUACAUGCAGCUAAGCUAGGCAGGGGGUAUAGACUCACACCAAAAAGAAAGACUAGGGGUCAGAACACAAGAUGCCGAUGAUAUUUACAGAGGAAAUUAUUACCUUUUGCCUAAGAGCCUUGCCUUUGUUAUACACCCUUGCUUCCUAGAUUGCCAUUAUAAAUUAUUUACUCUAAACGCCACUGAGCCCAGACCUAAUCUUAUAUUCCUGGAUCAUCUUACUACAGUCCUGAACAUCUCACAAAGUAACAUUACCUUUUCUUGACAUAAGAUCAUACAGUAUGCUGAAUAUUUCACUUAGACUAUUGUUUAGUAGUUAAUGUUACUUUUCAUGAGACAAAAAAUUCCUACCUGUUCUGCUGAGCAUUCACAGGCACACUGCCUUUUGAGACCUGAGUAACCAUACCUGUAUCCCUAACUAACCACACCAUGACCUUACAUUUUUGCCUAGUAGAUAUUGUUGGAGUUUCCUUCAGGAAAACAUGUAACAUUGUCCCCUUGCCUCUCUCAGCCAUCAUUAUAGUAGUAGAGUUGUGGUGUAAAUUAAAAUUCUCAGGAAAUUAUGCACCCAGAUGUCUGGUAGGGGUAGCAGUACUAAUGAUGGUUUCCCAGAGGUGCUCAACUAGGGGUUAGAGCAGAAAGGAUGGCAUUUGCUAAAACAGACAUAGAAGAGUGUCACCUAUAUAGCCUUACCUGAUACAUUCUCACCUUUCCCUGUACACAAAGCAGCUAAAUGUGCUCUCAUCAUCACAGAUAUCACUGUAUAAUUAAUAUGGUACUUCAGUCAAGCAUCCAAGAAAAGCAAGAUCACUUGCACAAUUCAUGUCACUUUCCCUUCCCUCUUGUUCUUUCAAGCAUCAUCCUACAUCCAUAGAAUGAGAUACUCUGAGUGGAAUUAAAUACCUCUAGACAGAGAAUACCAACUCUGGUGCCAACAGGAUCUGUUUUCUGGGUUCAUGGCAUCCAUUGUAACAUCUAUGCUAUUGACCCUGGCCUCUUCUUAGUAGAAAGGCUACUGUGAGGCCACAGAACACCCCCACCCUCACCACCUAUUGCUUAACUUUUGUUAGGAGAGUUGGGGUAGAAACUUGAAUCAGCAUCUGCUGUAUAGAUGUCAAUUCACUUAACUGAGAGGAAGAAACUUAUUAAGAAUCCUUCAGAUUACAGACUUUGUUUGGAACCUGAAAUGGUUCAACAAAUACCACAUUACUUAAUACCAAAGACUGUGUGGGAAACAGGUAUAAGAUUUGGAUUUAGCCCUUGAAUUAGGUAUCAGUAUUCAGGUCCAUAUGCAUAUUCAUUGGUUUUGGAUUUAACCCAAAUCCAAAAUGUAUGAUGUGCUUAGAAAAUGAAAGCAGUUUGCAAUGCUUUUUUCCAACUGUAGAUCAAGGGCUGCUGACUUUGGGAACAUUUAUUCACCUUUAAGUUAUUUAAAUCAGGUAAAACCAUCUAGUUUUAAGAUUCUUUCAUUCCACGGAAGGAAGCAAAUGGAAGGGCAUUUUCUUUGGGGGAACACACCUUUCAAACGUAUUGCCUGCUUUACUUCAUCCUUUGAGUGCUUUUUUGUUGACCUUCAGAAAAUUGUGCAAGGUUUCUCUUUCAGGCUUCAUUAUUUAGGUCUUAGAUAUGUAGCAUGGAUUUUAGUAGUUCAUGUGUAACCAGGGUCUUUGGACAUUGGCUGCAAAAUGCUAAAUACCUUAAAAUUUGUACUGGGGUCAAAAUCAUCUCUGUCCACCACAAAUCCUGUUCUUAAGAAAACACAAUGAAUUGAUAAUUUGCUUUCUAAGUAACAACUUAAAGGUGUCCAAUUAAAUACAGUAUUAUCAAAACUAUUCUGAUAAUUUAGAAAGAGUUAGCAAUUUUCUAUUCUAGCUCUGAGUUGUUCUUCCAUCAUGCUUGGCUUUAUUGUAUCUAUUAUAUUGAAGCACACUGGAAUCAGGCAGCAGAGCCCUCUGGGAAUAUGCUGACCUUUCUCCCCCACCAUACUGUAAGAAUGUUUAUUCCUUAGCCCUGCUAGCUCAUAAAAGGCUAAAAGGAAGUUCACACUGUGGGAACCCAUCUGGCAGUACAAGGAUUCAUCCAUGAGGAAGCUCAUUUGGUUAUCAUUCUAAUCACAGACUAUUAAGAGAACUGAGAUUAUUAAGAAGCUAUAUUCUAUAGGGUCAUACCAACUGGGCAUGAGGCACAAGGUAGAUUCUUCUCACUAGACAUGAGAAGACAUUCUGCAUCUGGCUGCAAAGGAAGGCAAAAAUCUUAAGUGAAACUGUGCAUACAGUCUACCAAUGAUGAUGUUUUAAUACAUGUUCUUUCUCCCUCUUUUCUUUUGCAGUGCUUGCCUGUUGGCUUUCAUUCUGUGCAGCAGAGUCCCUCAUUGCUUGUCCCUCCCUUUGCAAAUGCAACAGUGGUACUCUAGAGGUGGACUGCAGUGGCUUGGGCCUUUCAUCAAUCCCCUUGGACAUUCCUACAAAUACCAGGACCUUCCUUUUCCUCAACAACCAACUCAGCAUUUUGCCAGAACAAACUUUUUCCAAUUUCUCUGCCCUCCAGAGACUGGAUCUUUCCAACAACUUCUUAGACCAACUUCCUGAGAACAUUUUCAGAGAUCUAAUAAACCUCACUGAACUACAGCUGAGGAACAACAGCAUCAGGAGCCUGGAUAAAGAUCUUCUGCAGAACACUGUUCUUCUGCGUCAGCUGGACCUCUCCAUCAAUGGGCUUGCUCAAAUCCCAUCAGGCAUCUUUGAUGACCUGCCCUCUCUCCGUUGGCUUUCCCUCAGGUCAAAUCGCCUGCAGAAUUUGGACAGGGUGACCUUUGAGCCUUUAGUUAGCCUGCGACAGUUGCAAGUGGGAGACAACCCCUGGGAAUGUGACUGCAACCUGAGAGAUUUCAAAUACUGGAUGGAAUGGUUCUCUUACAGAGGUAGGUACCACUGAGAGAGGUCCAAAUCUCAAUAUUGAAGGUUAUGCACUCCUAGUCUUUCCUGGCUAUAAAGGGCUGAAAAGGAGCAGCUAGACAGAAAAGAGAGAGAAGUUGGACUGAUCAGGCUGACCUAAAUUCUAAUUCUCAGAUAUGGAGAAUGGUCACUAUGCAUUAUAAUCCUGCCGUAUUAUGUUACAAAGUCGUAUGUUGUAGUUGGAGUUGCAGGUUAUCUUCUCAUCCAAAUUUCUCUUUGCAAAUGCUGACAGUUGUCCAAACUUUCAGAAGAGGAUAUAAUUGAAGGGGUCAAGAUGAGGAAGGGGUCAAGCCCAUCUGAUCAUUUUGGAGUUUCCGAAUUCACUGGCUGCAAAUCACUACAGUGGGAAAAAGAUCAGGGGAACGUGUAGUUGCUAGAAUGCAAAAUGAAUUACAGAAUGCAUUCAGAUAUUUUCCUUGAUAGGGCAAUUUCACUGGUGCUAAACACCAAACAAAGCAGAGGGAAGGUCAGUGGUCGUAUUGCGCAGUUUGGAUUUUGACCUUAGUACUACCAAUUAUGUGCAAGAUUCCCACAGUGGACUUUGACCUCUGCUCUCUCAAUGGGGAUUUCACUGUUUCAAUAGAGCCAGUGCCCAGGCAACCAUAAUUUUAUAUCUACGUUCUCCCAUCUGGGUGAAAAAUGGCUCAGCAGCAUAUAUGUCAAUGAUGAGGUGUUAAUUAACAGUAACCUUUGAGUCAAUUAACUGUAGUAUGUUGUUAUUACUGAUGGAAAAUGUUAAAUAUUUCUAACUGCUGAAACACUAUAACCUGAGCUAAAAGCAAGAGCUUUAAUUGUUGGCUACCCUUUUUGAUACAGGGCAAGUUCCUCUCUCUCUCUCUCCUCUCUCUCUCCCUUAGUAAUCUCAUUGAUUGUUGUUCAAAUUCUUUUUCCAAUUCACCUUGUGAGUCUGAUUUUGGGCCAAGGGCAAGUUAAACAUUGUUAUAAAGUGUUAGCAGACAGGAAAAAAGCAGCAGCAAUGUAUAGGACAUUCUUCUUACAUUGUGUUGAAACAGAAAGCAAUAAAGGGCUAAAGGUAGCAGGAUCUCUUAGGGUAGCAAUCAAUAUCUGUUUUGCUGAUGGAUAUAGGGGACUCUUGUUUAGCCACACGUUAUUUAGAGGACUCUAGAAGUCUACUAGAAGUUUCAGCCUAUGAAGGCUUCUGAGUUUCAUGGGCAAAAUCUCAGUGACAUCAGUUAUGCACUAUCAACACUGCUGGUGGUUAAAAGGCUGUGGAAAAAGAAUAGCUAAGCUGGUGUUUUUCAGCAUAUUCCACAAAGACAAUUAUCCCCAUAACUUGAGACUGCCUUGGGUCUCACACUUGUCACCUAGAAAAAUGCUUCCGUUUCCAAACAGAAUGUUCUCCGUGUAACACAUUUCUUGACUCAAAAUGGCCAAAUGCUCAGUUAAAGAAGGGGUGGGUGGGUGGCUUUGUUGUUGGCAUCCAUCUGUCUAAAGAGACAAUGGAGUGAGCCCCUGGGAGGUGAAAUCAAACUGCUGCAUUAGCAGCACCUAAGUGACCUUCCUGGGGUGCAAGCCUAGGCAGUAUAUAUGGAGGUCCUGGGCCUCACUGAUGUGGUCCAAAGGAGAGCAGAGCACCAACUUGGCUGCAGGUGAUGUCAGAGGUGUACAAGGUGCCAUCCAACCAUUUUAGGGAUUCCACACUGGAUUUGUAGGGUUUACUACUUAGCUUUUUCUUCUUCCGAAGAUAUCCUACAAGGCAGCAGAGGCUUAGGAUCACAGUUUUACUUCUAGAUGGGCUAUCUUCCUAGGUUGAUGAGUCCCAUCUGCCCCUCACUUCCCUCUACAGCACAUACAGAAACUGCCUUCUUGAUCAUUGGUUCCACUAUUGGUCUCAUCCGCUUUGGAGUCUGUCUUUGCAUACAGGGGGAGUCCCUAACUCACCAAGGGUUUGAAAUCCAUCAGCUACCCCCACCUGGGGUGUUAGGGGAGGGGUACUACCAUCAUGCUCCUUCUGGGGUAGUUUGUCCACCUUUGGUCCCCAACCUGCACUCAGCUCUCACCUGCAGCUCCUAGAAACUCUCAGCAUAUGACAUAAGCUACACCCCGGGAAGAGGGAACGAUCCCUGUAUAUUUAAGUGCUCAGCCACAGCAGCUGCAUUGAAAUGAAUUAUUGCUCUGAGCAUGAUGUGAUCUGAUACCAAAAUAAGGUACUGAAUGUGCUUCUUUUUUCUUAUGGGACAGGAGGAAAGAUAGACCAACUGGCAUGUACCCUGCCUAAGGAGCUACGGGGGAAAGAUAUGCGCAUGGUGCCCAUGGAGAUGUUUAACUACUGUUCCCAGCUGGAGGAUGAGAACAGCUCUACCGUACUGGACAAUAUUGGUCCUCCUUGCAGUAAGGGAGCCCCGACUGCUCCCAAGCCUAAAACAACAACUCCUGAAGCAGAAGAGGAUCCCAGUGUGGGUUGCCCCCAGAAACAAAGAUACCGGCCUGUCAGUGUGCGCCGAGCCAUUGGCACAGUCAUCAUAGCUGGGGUGGUUUGUGGCAUCGUGUGUAUUAUGAUGGUAGUGGCAGCAGCAUAUGGCUGUAUCUAUGCAUCUCUCAUGGCUAAGUACCAUCGGGAGCUGAAGAAGAGGCAGCCAUUAAUGGGUGACACAGAAGGCGAACAUGAGGAACAAAAGCAGAUUUCCUCUGUGGCAUGA